CUGACACGUGCUGCCGCUGCACUGCCGCGUCACGCUGCGCGGCGGCACCGCCACCCUCGCGCCCGCGCCGCACGCGCAGUGCUGGCUCAACACCGUGCUCAUCGACAAGCCGGCCAAGCUCAGUCAGGGUGAGUACUGACACGUGCUGCCGCUGCACUGCCGCGUCACGCUGCGCGGCGGCACCGCCACCCUCGCGCCCGCGCCGCACGCGCAGUGCUGGCUCAACACCGUGCUCAUCGACAAGCCGGCCAAGCUCAGUCAGGGUGAGUACUGACACGUGCUGCCGCUGCACUGCCGCGUCACGCUGCGCGGCGGCACCGCCACCCUCGCGCCCGCGCCGCACGCGCAGUGCUGGCUCAACACCGUGCUCAUCGACAAGCCGGCCAAGCUCAGUCAGGGUGAGUACUGACACGUGCUGCCGCUGCACUGCCGCGUCACGCUGCGCGGCGGCACCGCCACCCUCGCGCCCGCGCCGCACGCGCAGUGCUGGCUCAACACCGUGCUCAUCGACAAGCCGGCCAAGCUCAGUCAGGGUGAGUACUGACACGUGCUGCCGCUGCACUGCCGCGUCACGCUGCGCGGCGGCACCGCCACCCUCGCGCCCGCGCCGCACGCGCAGUGCUGGCUCAACACCGUGCUCAUCGACAAGCCGGCCAAGCUCAGUCAGGGUGAGUACUGACACGUGCUGCCGCUGCACUGCCGCGUCACGCUGCGCGGCGGCACCGCCACCCUCGCGCCCGCGCCGCACGCGCAGUGCUGGCUCAACACCGUGCUCAUCGACAAGCCGGCCAAGCUCAGUCAGGGCUGUAUCCUGCUCUUGGGCCGUACGAACAUGUUCCGCUACAACGACCCGGCGGAGGCCGCCAAGCUGCGGCAGGAGGGCAGUGCCUCCGCCAUGAACCUGUCGCGCCUCUCCCUGCUGUCGUGGUCCACCACCGACCUGGCAGCUAGCACUGAGAACCUUAACACUACGCUAUCGGACCUGGAGAGCGAGAUCCGCUGCGAGCGAAUAGAAGCGCAGAGAGCGGAACUGGAGCGAGAGCGGCAACAGUUCCUCCUUCAGCAGGAGGAGCGGCAACGUCGCUGGCACGCCGAGCGCGAGGAGCUCAUACAGGCGCAGAGGAAGCUGGACGAGGAGCGUGAAGCGAUGGAGCGCGAGUACGCGGCGGCAUGCCGCAGGUUGUCGGGCGACUGGCGAGCGUUAGAGCGCGGCUGGGGACAGCGCCGCAGAGCGUUGCGGUGCCGACAGCGCGAGCUCGCCGCACGGUCGUUACGCCUUGCCGCGCUUACCGACACGCAUAGGACUGCGGCAGAGGGCGAGGAAGGCCGAGUGGCCGCGCUCCGAUCGCGAGUCGACUCCAAGAAGGCGACUUUACAAGAAUACGUCGCUUCCAGUGUGAAACAGCUCUUGGAUAGUGGAUGUAAGCUGGAUGAGAGUUCGACCCCAAGUCCGGACAGUCCGGCUUCAGAGACGAGUACUGAGAGUCUGAUGCAUCUGCUGCAACAGUGCGAGCCUAAAGUGGCGUCCAGCAUCAAGGAGACCGUCGAGAGACAUAAAAAGGAGCUAGUAGAACUAGAAGAAGAGCUACAAACCCGCGUGGCAUCGGUAGCGUCUCAUCGCGUGAAGAUCGAGAGGUUACAAGCGGAACUGGCGUUACUGGGCACGCAGGAGCUGGGGCUCAAACACGCGCUCGCCUCCGACCUAGCCCCUAACGCUGCACGAGGAGUGGACGGCGAGAGCGACGCGUCUCCGCUAGAAGGCGUGAAGCGCAGCAAGUCGGAGCUGGUGCUGCGGCGAACUCCCCGCGAGGACGUCAUGGAGCCGCUCUCCGCCGACGAGCGGGAGGACUACCGCCUCAAGCGGGUCAAUCUCAGCCUGAGUCUCGACCCUCUCGCGUCCCCCAACUCGACUCUGAACACGGAGGAAACCUUCCACACGGCCACUUCAUCCCCCAAGAAGUUCCCCGAGUGGGGGGAGGGGGACGCGGCCACGGAGCCCGCUGUCCCGCGCCCCGCCACCAACUUCCGCCUCGGACCCGUGCCUAAUGCGGAUGAUAGUGACGACAUGUCCAGCACUGAGGAUUAUCAUAAGCCCCGGAUAGUGGAGGGACAAUCGUCGAGUUCGGUGGAGCGGUCGCCGGAGGAACGCCACCAGAGAGCCAAGUACAAAAGGAGGGUGCCAGGCGAAGGCAAGCCGGGCCGGCGCCAGGUGACGGAGGUGGAGGCUCUGCGCGCGAUGCAGCGGCUGUGCUCGCGCAUCGCCUCGCAGAAGAUGCUCGUCAUCUCCUCGCUCGAGAACGACUGCUCCAAGGAGGAGCUUAAUCGACAGAUUGCCGUUCUUCAAGAGCUCCAGAAGAAGUACGUGCGCCUAGAGAUGGCGCUGCAGUACUCGUUCUUCGACAACCAGUCGCGGCGGCCCAUGAUGGUCACCCCCAUACAGGAGACGCCUUCCCUCACGCUGUCCGAGAGCGACAUGCAGGUCGCCACGGAUGACGACGUCACGGAGAACGGACAUGUCCGAGACCCGCUGCUGCACAGGUUAAAAGAGCAAGAACUAGAAGGAUCAGAUAACGUGUCGACCUCCAACGACGAGUUACCUUCAGAGAGCCACGAGCCCGCCUGGGAGGACCCGCUGCGGUGUCGCGUGCGGCCCGACCGACUCGAGCGAUCCGAGCGAUCCGACCGGCUCGAGCGAUCCGACCGAUCCGACCGACUCGAGCGAUCCGACCGUAUUGAGCGGCUCGAGCGACGGGAAUUGUCCAACCACGAUUUAUCGUUACCCGACCCCACGAUAAGUCCAGGACUGUCGCAUCCUAUAGACUUCAACGAGGUGGUGCACAUCCCGGGCUGGGUGACGCGCGGCGCCGGCGCCCGCACGCACCAGGAGUACGAGGUGCGCGUGGUGCUGGGCGCGCACUGCCGCUGGCUGCUGCUGCGCCGCUACCGCCGCUUCCGCGACCUCUGCCUCAGCAUGCGCCGCCUCUACGGUCCCAAGGUACAGUGCUGCACUGCAGCUGCAGUCAGGAGUACGAGGUGCGCGUGGUGCUGGGCGCGCACUGCCGCUGGCUGCUGCUGCGCCGCUACCGCCGCUUCCGCGACCUCUGCCUCAGCAUGCGCCGCCUCUACGGUCCCAAGGUACAGUGCUGCACUGCAGCUGCAGUCAGGAGUACGAGGUGCGCGUGGUGCUGGGCGCGCACUGCCGCUGGCUGCUGCUGCGCCGCUACCGCCGCUUCCGCGACCUCUGCCUCAGCAUGCGCCGCCUCUACGGUCCCAAGGUACAGUGCUGCACUGCAGCUGCAGUCAGGAGUACGAGGUGCGCGUGGUGCUGGGCGCGCACUGCCGCUGGCUGCUGCUGCGCCGCUACCGCCGCUUCCGCGACCUCUGCCUCAGCAUGCGCCGCCUCUACGGUCCCAAGGUACAGUGCUGCACUGCAGCUGCAGUCAGGAGUACGAGGUGCGCGUGGUGCUGGGCGCGCACUGCCGCUGGCUGCUGCUGCGCCGCUACCGCCGCUUCCGCGACCUCUGCCUCAGCAUGCGCCGCCUCUACGGUCCCAAGGUACAGUGCUGCACUGCAGCUGCAGUCAGGAGUACGAGGUGCGCGUGGUGCUGGGCGCGCACUGCCGCUGGCUGCUGCUGCGCCGCUACCGCCGCUUCCGCGACCUCUGCCUCAGCAUGCGCCGCCUCUACGGUCCCAAGGUACAGUGCUGCACUGCAGCUGCAGUCAGGAGUACGAGGUGCGCGUGGUGCUGGGCGCGCACUGCCGCUGGCUGCUGCUGCGCCGCUACCGCCGCUUCCGCGACCUCUGCCUCAGCAUGCGCCGCCUCUACGGUCCCAAGGUACAGUGCUGCACUGCAGCUGCAGUCAGGAGUACGAGGUGCGCGUGGUGCUGGGCGCGCACUGCCGCUGGCUGCUGCUGCGCCGCUACCGCCGCUUCCGCGACCUCUGCCUCAGCAUGCGCCGCCUCUACGGUCCCAAGGUACAGUGCUGCACUGCAGCUGCAGUCAGGAGUACGAGGUGCGCGUGGUGCUGGGCGCGCACUGCCGCUGGCUGCUGCUGCGCCGCUACCGCCGCUUCCGCGACCUCUGCCUCAGCAUGCGCCGCCUCUACGGUCCCAAGGUACAGUGCUGCACUGCAGCUGCAGUCAGGAGUACGAGGUGCGCGUGGUGCUGGGCGCGCACUGCCGCUGGCUGCUGCUGCGCCGCUACCGCCGCUUCCGCGACCUCUGCCUCAGCAUGCGCCGCCUCUACGGUCCCAAGGUACAGUGCUGCACUGCAGCUGCAGUCAGGAGUACGAGGUGCGCGUGGUGCUGGGCGCGCACUGCCGCUGGCUGCUGCUGCGCCGCUACCGCCGCUUCCGCGACCUCUGCCUCAGCAUGCGCCGCCUCUACGGUCCCAAGGUGGCGGCGAUCCCGUUCCCGGGGCGCACGCUGUGGGCGGGCGAGGCGGUGUGCCGCGCGCGGCGGGCGGCGCUGGAGCUGUGGCUGCGGCGCCUGCUGGCCGCCGCCGCCGCCGACCCGCGCUGCCCCUUCCGCCAGCCCGACCGCCCGCUCACGCGCGACGCCCUCGUCAGCUUCUCGCCUUUCUUCCGCAAGGGCGUGUUCGAGAGCGGCAAGUGCGGCACGGGAUGAUGGCGGGCGCCGCUCGCCACGUGGGCGGCGCUGGGGACUGCAGUCACCGCGCUGCUGCACGCGCUGCUCGCCGUGGCCGCGCUGCUGCUGCACUGCGCCGCGCUGCUGGCGCUGCUGCUGUACCGCGCUGCUACGCGCCGCUGACUGUACGUACACGCUACUGUCCACGACCACGGUGCAAGUAGCUAUAAUCAUCGGCAGGGAUAUUGAGCCCUGACCUUCACCUGCGCAGAAGCGAUUUAUUGGUUUAUUGCCUUAUGUGUACAGUGCGCAAAGCGAUCCCCACUCUUCCGCCGAGAGCUCAAUAUCCGUGCCGAUAACUAUACACCAGGUUAACAUGUGACGAGUGAAGGCGGAAACACGCUUAGCGUUCGUUCAGACAAACCGGCUCGGAGAGGAGAGCAAAUUCUUAACACGUUGAAAAUUGAGUACUUAGUAUUUGUGUAUUAAGGUUUAUUUUCGGAUGUGUACUGCUUUUGUCAUUAAGAAUGCUAGAAGGCGCUCGGUGUGAAAUAAUAAGAGGAGCCGACCGGCUCCGAUCGUGUACUUUUUCUCGGUCUUGCUGACGUUUGGCUCCAAUUGCAUCUCACGCAGCCGAUCGGAGCGGAUCGGAGCCGAAUCCGGUAUGUGUGAAAAGAAAAAUGCGCGCCGAUGCUCUCCGAGCCCGUCUGUUUGAACGGACCCUUAGUGUUCGUUCACACAGACGGAAUCAACUCCGAUCGACUGAAAGACCAUGCAAUUGGAGCCGAACGUCUGCAAGACCGAGAAAAAGUACGCGAUCGGAGCCAGUCAGCUCCUCUUAUUAUUUCACACCAAGCGCCUUCGAGCAUUCUCAAUGACAAAUCAGUGCACAUGCAAAAAUAAACCUUACUACAAAUACUAAGUACUCGAUUUUCAACGUGUUAAGAAUUUGCUCUCCUCGCCGAGCCGGUCUGUCUGACGGACCCCGCGUCAUACGUGUUUCGUGCAUUUAAUAUGGUUAGAGACAUAUUUGUCUGUCGUGUUGUGUCGCAAUACAUGUAAUUAAAUGUAUGAAACACGACACGUAAGUGUGUUUCCACCUUUACAAGAGCACGUGUGAGUAUCUAGCUUUGAUACAUGCGCGAGUCGCUGGACCCGACCGUCUUUAAAAUGCAUGUAACCUGCGCAUGUGCCUCAACAUGCGCUAGCUACUUGCACCGUGUAGAUGCACCCUAACUCGAGCCGACUGGUCACCAUAAGUAGCUGAACAAAUAUUAUUUGUUAUUAACAUUAUAACAAUAACAAAUAAUAGUUGCUAAUGUAUAUUAACAUUAUAACAAAUAAUGUAUAAUAUACAUUUUCAAAACUACUAAACACAUAACCAGAGUAUUUAUUUACUUUUUUGAACCUUACGAUGUUGAGUAAAUUUUGGUUUUUGUUAAGAAAUUAUGAUCUUUUACGUUGUUAGGCACAUUAGAAGAUUUUCGCCUUGUUGAGCUACUUAUGAUGAUGACCGUACCAACUUUUAUACUCCAUUUGAGUAGAUAAAUAGAUAGGUAUACAUUAUUAGGUAUACCAAUUUUUAUAUUUUUGAUCUUACAACUAAGUAAAAUAGGUGACAUAGAGCCACUUAACUAACGAUAAACAGUGUUGCUAUGACAUUUUAUUCAAAAAUGUUGUUCAAAAAUAUACUACGGCUAAAAAUCAAUGUAUGUAUUUGUAACAAUUAAUGUUUAUGUUAAUUUAUUUUAUAUAUAUUUGUGUAAGAACUCCUAUCAAGAUUGUUUAUUUUUAGACAAGUGCUAACUCAAAUGGAGUGUCGGCGACAGUACCUACAUAACGCGUAGUUUGUAUAUUUAAUAUGAAGUCUCGCGACCAUAUGUACAGUGAUACUAAGGUGACAGUAGCGCGUACCAAGCAGAGAGCAAGCCGUGAUGUGGGCAAGUCCUUCUAGACUGUGUAAGCUAUAGAGGCCGUCUCGCAGCCGAACCACACACACAUCGGUCAUUAAAUGUCAUAUAUAUCAUUUAAUUCGUAAAUUUAAUAUUUCUAACUAUAUUACCAUCGUUUUAUAGAAAUGGAAUAGAUAUUUUUGUUGCUAUAAAACAGUGUCACUUAUUAUAAGAAUACUAAGAAAGCUUUUUUAAACUAUUUUAACGCAAUUUUUGCGUUUGUGAGCGAGAGUCUAUAGUUUAUAUAACUUGCAGACGACUAGACCAAAUAAGCCAGUAUAUGUCGGUUCUGAUUCAGAUUUUACGAUUCAUAUUGUUAAAUUUCUAAAAAGGUGACGUCUUCCAAUCGCACUUAAUUUCGCGCCAAUUUAAUGUAGAACCAAAUUGUGUUCAUUGUACAAGGCCUAUUCGAUGUUUUUUUUUUGUCGUGGCCUUGAUUUGAAAAGCAUGAAUAAUUUGUUGAAACUAUUACCAACUUUGUAAAUUAUAACUGACUGAAUCAAGAAAGAGAGGAUAUUUUGACAAUAUUAAUAUUGCGAAAACUUAUAACAAACAUUGAAUAUAGCUGAAUAAUAAUAGUGCUUUUAAAAUGCAAAUGACCGAUGUAUGAUAUAUAGUGCUUUUAAAAUGCAAAUGGCCGAUGUAUGAUAUAAGUUAGUGCUGCGAGACACCUCCACACAUUAUACAUUCAUUUCUGACUAUGUUAUAGUUAUUCCAUUUUUUAAAAGACAUUGUUUUUUACGCAAUAUUUUGUGUGAUCAUAUUUCAUGUGUUAAUCAAAAAUAUUUACUUUUUUAUGAAGUUAGAAGUAACCGUUUGAUGACUGGGAACUAUGACCCAAGUUCAUUGACAACACAAGCUACCAUUUUGCUUGAACAAUUUUUUUAAUGCGAAACUUCUAUCGACGUGACAAUUCAUGGUAAACAGUUGUUUGAAAACUGAUGUUAUAAUAUUGUGCUGCAUGUAAAUAGGUAUAUGAAAUUCGUGAAAGGAUUUCAUUUAAUUAGUUUAAAUGAAAAAGUACUUUAGACAUUAAUUUGACAGAAAAAGACAAAAUGCGAAAUAACUUUAUUAAAACAAUGCUUUUUAAAAAAAUACCAAGUAAAUAUUUUUGAAUUAACACAUUAAAAAAUGUUUUGUAAUAGAUCCGUAAACAUAUCGUUUUUUUUUAAUAAUUUUAAUGGAUUAUUAUCUGUAUAUUGUGCAAUGAUUAGUUCCUAAGAUAUUAGUUUCAGUUUCUAGAGGACAAACCCCUUUACAUAUAGAGACACUUAGUUCAGUAGGAGCCGGGCGCAUAAAUAUGUAUGUGAAGGCAUCAAAUGUCCAUAUAUUUAUGCGUUUGGUUAUUUUAACUCAGUGAAUCAACUUCCAAACUACUAACACAGCUUACUUUAAUUACGAAGUUGUUUUACUGUUUUCUUUUUACAGUGAACUUCUAUUUGCAAGGUGACAUUUUUAAUUCCUACGGUUAUAUGCAUUUAGAGUCGUCUUUUUUUCGAUUUUUAGUCUGUAAAUAGUAAAAAACAGGGUGUUGAUUUUUCAUCAGUCUUUUUCUCGGCAAAAAAUCGAAAUUGCUACCUUGUUUUUAAAAUGUCCACUGUAGUGUCUCUCUAUGUAAUAAGCCUGUAUAAAGCCAAGCCCAAAUUGAGAAGUAUAUUUUUGUACGUGGCGAGUUUGAAGUGAGAUCCCGUGCCUAGCUGAGGCAAACAUAGUUAAUAAAGUAAUAUAUUUAGAGUUA